GGUGGCCCAAGCAGCAGGAAGAGCCCAUAUAUACCAGGGUUGGAUGGAGCUCUGGAAGUCUUCCCUAUGAGAAAGCAGGCCAAGAAUGUGGGGCACCUGAGCGCACCCUGUUGGGGAAUUCUAGGGUCUAACCCCUCUUCACCCCAGUUAGUGGGGGAAUGGUGACUCCUGACCUUAGAGGCUGUGUUUGCAGUAAAUUGUGAUAAAUCACGAAUUCAGAGGCAGCUCUCCUAAAACUGUCCUAGCCACCUCCCCCAAGUGCCAGUGACUGCAGAGGGACCCUCUUUGUCCUGCCCAAGUCUCCCCACCACAGGGGAACCUCUGGGGUGAGCCUAUGAGGUCCACCCCUCCCCAACACAUCCAGAAAAACUGACAUUAUCCGUUUAAUACAAAUUUCUUCCUCUGGGACUUGGAAACAUUAAGAGACUUUUCCUCCAAUGUGAGUAUUAAGCCAAAUAAAGUACAUGAAGCUUUUAGCACUGGGUCCUUGGUUCCUGAUGACAACAGCAGUCAGCUUCCCAGGUGAGUUCCAAGACAGAGCCAUGAGGCACGCCCUGGAGGAGGCACCGCAUCGGGUGUGGGAGAGCCCGGAGAGGUAGGCCAAGCCCCGCGGCACUUUGAUGGCUCUUCCUUUUCCUCCUCCUCCCCAUGGGCCAGACUUCUGCGUGAGGGACACUUGGCCUCAGUCCCCACCCUCCACCGCCUCUCUGCCCCACCCCCCUUCCACCUCUCAAGCCCUGUGUUCCCGUCCCUCUACCCAGAGCUUCUGGGGCGUUCCUGGGGAAUUCCAAUCAGUCUUCUGGGUGCCCGGGAACCCCCCCUCCUCCCGCCAGGUUGAGCCAGGACGCAGUGGGACCCUUGGCCACACCUUGCCAGCUCCAGAAGCCCAGGACCGUGACCCGUGAGGCACAGCGAUGGCAGCCUCCCGGUACCCGGUGUCAGUGUACGCAGCAGCCCUAGUGCAGACAGCAAGGCUUCAGACGUUUGCCUUCUCUGUGCGCUGGUCGGACGACAGCGACACCUUUGUGCGCAGGAGCUGGGAUGAGUUCAAGACGCUCCAGAAGACCCUCAAGGAGACCUUCCCGGUAGAGGCGGGCCUGCUGCGGAGAUCCGACCGCGUUCUCCCCAAGCUUUCCGACACAUCGCUGUUGGUGCGCAGGGGGCGCAUGGCCCGUGGCCUGACGCGCCUGCGGCUGCUGGAGACCUAUUCUCAGAUGCUACUGGCUGUGGCGGCGCGUGUGUCCCGGAGCCCCGCGCUCACCGGCUUCUUUGCACCGCACCCCCUGGACCUGGAACCUGCGCUGCCCCCCGGCAGUCUGGUGAUCCUGCCCGCUCCUGAAGAGCCCCCACCUCGCCCCAUGGACAACCUUGCCAUCCGAGACCUGAAGGCUCAGAGCCUACGCUGCCUGCAACCCUUCAGCACCCAGGACACGCGGGGCCGACCUUUCCACGCACGGGCCCAGGAGAUCCUAGACGUGCUGCUGCGACAUCCCUCAGGCUGGUGGCUGGUGGAAAACGAAGACCAGCAGACAGCAUGGUUUCCUGCCCCCUACCUGGAGGAAGCAGCCCCGGGCCAAGAACGACGACCCCUAGGGAGUAGUGGGUCUCAGUUCUGUGCUUGCCAAGCGUAUGAGAGCAGCAACGCUGAUGAACUGUCAGUGCCCGCGGGAGCGCGCGUGCGCGUCCUAGAAACGUCGGAUCGUGGCUGGUGGCUUUGCAGGCUCUGUGCCCUCCGCUGGGGCGCGCCCAGCGUCCGGCAGCGCGGCGCCAUGGCAACGCGGGCUGGUGCCACGUUUGCCUUCUCUGUGCGCUGGUCGGACGACAGCGACACCUUUGUGCGCAGGAGCUGGGAUGAGUUCAAGACGCUCCAGAAGACCCUCAAGGAGACCUUCCCGGUAGAGGCGGGCCUGCUGCGGAGAUCCGACCGCGUUCUCCCCAAGCUUUCCGGUGAGGCCGCCACAACCCUUCCCCCUACCGUGCCCGCCCGCCCCCUGCUGAGCGCCAUCCGGAGCCGCUGCUGCACCGUCACCCGCAGGGCACUGGCACGCAAGGACCCCCUAGAGGGCGUGUGA